AUGGCAUCUGCUGAUCUGAGAGAGGAGCUAACCUGCCCCAUCUGCCUGAGCAUUUAUACAGAUCCUGUAACUCUGAGAUGUGGCCAUAACUACUGCCUGGGCUGUAUUGAGAGUGUGCUGGGUACCCAGGAGGGGUCUGGGCUUUAUUCCUGUCCUGAGUGCAGAAAGAGAUUCAGUAACCGACCUGAGCUGCAGAGGAACCUGAAGUUAAGUAACAUUGUAGGUUGUUUCAUUCCUACUCAUGAAGGGACACAUUCUGGGGUCUUCUGCACUUACUGUGUUCACUCUCCUGUACCUGCUGCUAAAUCAUGUCUGCAUUGUGAGGCUUCUCUGUGUGAUUCCCACCUGAGGGUACACAGCAAGUCUGAGGAACACGUCUUAACUGAACCCACCACUUCCUGGGGUAACAGAAAAUGCUACAAGCACAAGAAGCUCCUGGAAUAUUACUGCACUGAGGAUGCUGCCUGUAUCUGUGUGUCCUGCUCCCUGGCCGGAGAGCACAGGGGACACCAGGUGGAGCUGCUGAAUGAGGCUUCUGAGAAGAAGAAAGAGAAACUGAGAGAUGUUCUGCAGAAACUGACCACAAAGAGAGAGAAGACUGAGAAAAGAGUCCAGAGUCUGCAGGAGCACAGGAGAGGGGUGCAAGAGAAAGCAGCUGGUGUAACAGAGCGACUCACUUCCCUGAUUAGGGACAUCAGGAAACAGCUGAAAGACCUAGAGAAGCGAGUCCUGAGUGACAUCACCCGGCAGCAGGAGCAGGUUUUACUCCCAAUCUCUGAUCUGAUCCAGCAGCUGGAAAAAGAGAAGGACGAGCUGACCAGGAAGAUGAGUCACAUUGAAGAGCUGUACAACUUGACUGACCCAUUAACUGUCCUACAAGAACAGGGAGAUAAUGAGGUCACACAGAGAGGUGAUAAACAGGUCCCUGCUGGGGGGGAUUUGGAGGAUUCGAUCUCAGUGACCUUAUACAGAGGUUUAGCUGAUAUUAUGACUGAUGUAAAGAGAAAGAUUUAUGUGCAGGUGACAUCAGACAUAUUACUGGAUAUAAACACAGCUGGUAAUAAAGUUAUUGUAUCAGGUGACUUGAAAACUGCAUCCUGGUCACAUAUAAGCCAGAAGCGACCCAAAACACCUGAGAGAUUUACAUAUGGUUCUCAGGUAUUAAGUACCAGGAGCUUUUCCUCAGGGCGACAUUACUGGGAAGUGCAGACCAGUGAGUCAGGGUACUGGUGUGUAGGGGUUUGUUAUACCAGUAUGGAGAGGAGAGGAUAUCAGUCUGAGAUAGGAUAUAAUAACAAGUCCUGGUGUUUGUAUAGUGAUAAUAAAGGUCUUUACAUUAGACAUAACAAUAUAAAAUCCUCAUUAAACCCCCCUCUAUCAUGUGACACAGUAGGAAUACUGCUGGACUUUGAGGCUGGGCGUCUGACCUUUUAUGAGCUGUGUGACCCGAUCAGACACUUACACACUGUCACUGUCACCUUCUUCACUGAGCCUCUUCAUGCUGCAUUCUGUGUAUGGGGUGAUGCCUGUUUGAGAAUUCUUUGCUAG